CCUCUCAUCUCUCUCUCUUUGUAGAAACUAGAAGAAGAAGAAGAAGAAGAAGAGGCGGCAAUAUAUUAUAGAGCUUUCAAGGUCAAGUAUGGGAAGGAGCUUGAGUCCCAUACUACGGAGAGAGCUGGCAAAUCUGGACAAAGAUGCUGAUAGUCGCAGAUCAGCUAUGAGAGCGCUCAAAUCGUAUGUCAAGGACUUGGAUUCCAAGGCAAUCCCUCUGUUCCUCGCACAGGUUUCCCAGACUAAAGAGACCGGCUUGUCCGGGGAAUGCACAAUCUCCUUGUACGAGGUCCUUGCCCGCGUCCACGGCAUCAAAAUUGUCCCUCAAAUAGACAGCAUUAUGGCCACCAUUGUCAAGACAUUGGGCUCAAGUGCGGGUUCUUUUCCUCUCCAGCAAGCGUGCUCUAAGGUGGUUCCGGCUAUUGCUAGAUAUGGCAUUGACCCAACCACCCCGGAAGACCAAAAAAGGCACAUAAUUCACUCCCUCUGCAGCCCUCUUUCCGACUCUCUCUUGGGGUCUCGAGAGAGUCUAACCUCCGGCGCAGCCCUUUGCUUAAAGGCGCUCGUGGAUUCCGAUAAUUGGCGCUUUGCUUCCGGCGAGAUGGUUAACAAGGUCUGCCAGAUUGUAGCCGGGGCUCUUGAGGAGAAGCCGACACAAACGAAUGCGCACAUGGGCUUGGUCAUGGCUCUGGCAAAACGUAAUUCUUCUGUUGUUGAACCUUAUGCCAGGUUGUUAAUUCAAGCUGGAUUGCAGAUACUAAAUGCUGGAGUGGCUGAAGGGAAUUCUCAGAAACGUUUGUCUGCAAUUCAGAUGGUCAACUUUUUGAUGAAGUGGUUGGAUCCACGGAGCAUCUAUUCGGAGCUUCAGUUGGUGAUUGAUGAGAUGGAGAAGUGCCAGUCCGAUCAGAUGGCUUAUGUCCGAGGAGCUGCUUUUGAAGCCUUGCAAACUGCGAGGAGAAUUUUUGCGGAUAAAGGUUCUAAAUUUGAGAAGAGUCCUGGUUCAGUCACUGGUUCAAAUUUUACUCGAAGAGACCACAGCAGGAGUUGUUUAUCGUCGACCCCUGGUGAUCAAUCUCCUGCAUCUGUAUCACUUGAAUCACAGACCCUUGACUCCUUCGUCGAGUACGAAGGUUGGGUUGAGUCUCCAACCUCAACAAGGCAGGCUUCUCAGAUGUUUGACUGUGACCGUAGAAGUGUGAACCGCAAACUCUGGAGUUUUGAGAACGGAGGAGUUGAUGUGUCUCUCAAGGACGGUCUGUUCUCACAGAUUGCUAGGGAAAGCACCAUCUCUAAUACGCUUUCGGAGCACUCUGGGGAGAAUGAGUUUGGCAAAAAUGAUGGAGAUCAUGAAGAAUUUGCAGGGUUCUUGCAGAAAAUUCCAAGAAAUGGAAUAUCAAAAAGCACCACAACCACUCCCCUCAGGUCACGCACUUCAAUCAAUGUUGACAAUAUUAUCUUCAAAACGCCGAGGAAGCUUGUCCACUCUCUUCAAGAUACUAACAACAUGAACUGUGACUGUUCUGAGAAGCAAGGAAGAAGGUUGAGAAGUUUAUCCCUCAGUGAUUUUGAGUGGAGCCCAGUUUCCAGAUGUGACCAAAAUUAUGCCUUAAAUGAUGUGGAUGUAGACUCCUACUUGAGAGCAAAUGGAAGCGUAUUAUAUGCGGAUGGUGAGAAGCUGUUAGAAGGCAACCCUGAAUCUGUGUCAUCCACUGAUGACAUUCCGGCAGCUAAUAAUGUUGGCGAGAAGAAAAUGUCUGAUAAGCUAAAGGUGAUUCAGGAUCAUAAUAAAACUCGAGCUCAGAACUUUGGAAUUAAGAAUCCUCAUCACAUUCACAAGGUUGCUUUAAAGUUGGUAUUCUGUUCGCUCUUUGCAUUAGUUGCAGUAUUCACUUUGUUAGUUGGGAUGAGUGACCAUGAUGAAUUUGAUAUUCAUUAUCCGGUGCCAACUUAAGUCUACUAAGUCUGAUGUAUCAGAUUCCUUUUUCUUGUAGGAAAUUAAGAUUACCAAUAGUUUUUCCUCAACAUUUAUGUUCAUGAUCUGUACACUUUAACGUAUCAUUAUCAAG